GUGGCUCCCAACACAAGCAACAUUACUCAUUACCUGAAAAGCGAAGAUUCAAUGUUUCUUCCUGCCUCCCACUGCAUUCCAUGGUUUGGUGCGCUCGGCACUGUAUGUUUGGCCAUAGUCAUCCUUAAUAUCAUCGCCAUUAUUAUAUUUGUGAAGCAGCGCCGGCUACAGAGGAAGAGUACAUACUUGAUCAUCCAUCUGGCCAUCAUCGAUCUCUUGGUCGGGGCGGUUACUGGGCCUCUUUGGAUUGAGUUUUUUAUGAGUUGGUACUGCGAUCUGUGGGAGUACGAUAGGCCUGAUAACAUUUGGUUACAUGUACUAAAGAGGGCUACUGUGUAUAAUAUUGAUAAAGUCUCGCUUCUUAACCUCGCUUUUAUUUCAUUAGAACGAACACACGCGACAUUUUGUCCUUUCAAGCAUCGUUCUGUUAAGAAAUGGGUUUAUGGAGUUAUAAUAACUGUCACUUGGUUAGUACCUCUAGUCAUGAUCUCUAUGGUAUCUGGACUAUUUAGCUCCUCUCACGUCAGCUCUAAAAUAUAUUCGGUCCUCUUUUCAUAUCUUUCCAUCCUUCUUUUAGUUGUGUUUGUAUGCUAUGUUUCUAUUUAUAUCAAAGUUCGUCGUGGUCGUUUUGCUCAACUUCAUGGUGCAGCCGGGCUGAGGGAAAGAAAACUGACAAGUACAAUGUUUCUUGUCACAUUCGGAUCGUUCCUAACUUUCCUGCCAUCGAUAGUAUGCCAUGGUGUGGUGGCUUUUGAUUCUAAGCUACUUUUCGGCCUUCCCACCGAUUCUUUUUUUCACAUUCAAAUGGUAAUGGUUACAUUUUUUGUGCUGAACUCGCUAAUAAAUCCUAUAAUUUACGCCAUACGGAUGCCAGAAUUAAGAGCAGGUAUAUUAGAAAUAAUAUUUUGUAGGAAUCUAAGCCGUCCGAACCCGGUCAACGUUCCACUUCAGGACCGUUAA